AACGAAAAGAAUAUUUUGUAGCUGUCAACAACUUAGUGUCAGCACGGGAAUAUACACUAUUUUUGAAGGAUUAUCAAAACAAGACCAAAUUCAUCUUUCAUACCUCACAACUUUAUCAGAUACUCAACGUGUGGAGUGUGAGAGUCGUCAAUCAAAGUGUGGAUCUAAUUUCUUCUUUUUGGACGUGGGUUGGCUGUGGUUGGGCGUCCAAUAACGCGGUAUCUUGUUUUGGCAUCGAUGUAUUUCACUGGGGAAGUGGUACCUGAAGGCCAAAACGAAGAAAGAUAAGGACUGCAAAAGUCAAAGAGGUGUUGGACUUGCUUAAAUUACAAAUAGUAAACUUAACUAUAUAAUUAAUUCUUGGUAGAUUCAACAUUUAACUUCGAAAUAAUAUCCUAAUGAGGAAUCCUGUGGUUUUUUCAUCGAUGAUUAGAUGGACAGCAGGCAAUUGUUAAUUAUACCACCAUUGAAAUCGGCUAAAUACUUGUAAUAUGGCAAACACCUUUUUUUCAUUCCUUCCAUAUCUAAAAGUUAAUCUUAUCUUCUUUUUCAUAAGGAAUAUAUACUGUGCCCACUUCCGUUGGUAAAUGGAACACUUGAAUCUGUUCAAUGUCCUUCUCCAACCAUUAAAUAGCCUGCAACCUGCUUUGUUUCUCGUAGUGUUCUAAUCAUUUUUGGCUUUCUAAUCAUCCUGAUUUUCUCUUCUACGAGUCUAAAAUCACGUGAAUGGCAUCCAAGAGAAUACUGAAAGAGCUCAAGGACUUACAGAGAGAUCCACCAACUUCAUGCAGUGCAGGCCCUGUGGGUGAGGACAUGUUCCAUUGGCAAGCAACCAUCAUUGGUCCAAAUGACAGUCCCUAUGCUGGCGGUGUUUUCCUUGUCACCAUCCAUUUCCCUCCUGAUUAUCCCUUCAAACCUCCCAAGGUUGCAUUCAGGACCAAGGUGUUCCAUCCCAACAUCAACAGUAAUGGCAAUAUUUGCCUGGACAUACUCAAAGAACAGUGGAGUCCUGCUCUCACCAUAUCCAAGGUGCUUCUCUCCAUCUGUUCUCUGCUAACGGAUCCAAAUCCUGAUGACCCUUUGGUGCCUGAAAUUGCUCAUAUGUGCAAGACCGAUAAAGUCAAGUACGAGUUCACUGCUAGAAGCUGGACCCAGAAGUAUGCCAUGGGCUAAUACGUUUUGGAGUUGUCUUUUUGCUCUUCAAAAUCCUUCUCUUUUAUAGUAUUAUAUAUUAAUAUAUAGAUAUGACCAUGAAGUUUGGGCAUUGUUAAACAACUUGCAUACAUAUGAGAAUUGUUCUCAAAGGCUUUACCCUUGUGAUUGGAGCGUGCUCUAUAUGAAUAAAUUCUACUCCCAUUUGAAGCUU